UGAUUUUGAGCCUGUGAACCAAACACCAAUCUCUCACACUCUUUCUACUUUUUCCAACAGCACACAAAGAAACUCCAAACUUAUGAUUAUUGUCAGAACUUUUUCCCCUUAAUUUAUUUCAAACCCAAGAAGAGAUCUCUCACCGUUCAAUUUCACGCAGUACUUUUUGUGUGACGUUGUUGGUACGACCAAUCUCUGUGCAACACACACAUGCUCUCAUUUUAAACUCACUCAUUGAUCAACAACCUCUCUACUACUCUACCUCUUCUCAGAAGAAAAAUAAAGUUAAAAAGUGCAAAUUCAAAACUUCAUCUCUCUCUCUUUCUUCUCUGAUCCCAUCUUAAUACACAUGGCUUGUAUACUGAGCUGCUCUCACGGCGUCGUGAUCGCUACAGCCAUGGUUUUCUCAACCACUGCUCUGUUUCUGACGAUUUCCCGCCAAUUCUCUAAUAACCAAACAUCAGAUCAACAGAUACUCCGUUCAUGUCUUUCUUCAGAGGAAAAGAAGAAACUGAGGAAGAAGAGGAAGAAGGUGAAAUUUGCAGAGGACGUGAAGGAGCCGAAAGGGAACGGUGAAGAGUAUCGGAAGAGAGAACAUCUCCGGAGAAUCGUACCGGAAGGGGGGACUAAACCGGAGAAAACCAGUUUGGUUUGUAGAAACGACAUGCCUGCUAACAGGAUGGCUUUGUACAAUGGGAUUCUUAGAGACAGAGAUCAUAGACUUCAGUGUUCCUAUUGACUUUUUUUUUUACAUCUUUUAGUCAAGAAAAAUGCUGAAAAUAUUGUAAAAAUAGUUUUCUUUUAAUUCCGGGAGAAACAUGUCUGUAUGGCAAUUAUUGUAGUAGCUCACUUUUCCCUUUUACUUUUUUUUUCUGUGUAAUUUUCUUCUAAGAACCAGUGUAAAUACUGUAAAUGAUUAAUAUCUAAAAUAGGGGUUUUUUAAAACCUUUGACCCA